AUGGGAAAAUCGCAAAUAUGGGAAAUACGCAAAUAUGGGAUAAACGCAAAUAUGGGAAAAACGCAAAUAUGGGAAAAGCGCAAAUAUGGGAAAAGUGCAAAUAUGGGAAAAGCGCAAAUAUGGGCAAAGCGCAAAUAUGGGAAAAGCGCAAAUAUGGGAAAAGCGCACAUAUGGGAAAAGCGCAAAUAUGGGAAAAGCGCAAAUAUGGGAAAAGCGCAAACAUGGGAAAAGCGCACAUAUGGGAAAAGCGCACAUAUGGGAAAAGCGCACAUAUGCGAAAAGCGCACAUAUGGGAACAGCGCACAUAUGGGAAAAGCGCACAUAUGGGAAAAGCGCACAUAUGGGAAAAGCGCACAUAUGGGAAAAGCUCACAUAUGGGAAAAGCGCACAUAUGGGAAAAGUGCACAUAUGGGAAAAGGGCGCAUAUGGGAAAAGCACACAUAUGGGAAAAACGCACAUAUGGGAAAAACGCACAUAUGGGAAAAGCGCACAUAUGGGAAAAGCGCACAUAUGGGAAAAGCGCACAUAUGGGAAAAACGCACAUAUGGGAAAAACGCACAUAUGGGAAAAACGCACAUAUGGGAAAAACGCAAAUAUGGGAAACACGCAAAUAUGGGAAAAACGCAAAUAUGGGAAAAACGCAAAUAUGGGAAAAACGCAAAUAUGAGAAAAACGCAAAUAUGGGAAAAACGCAAAUAUGGGAAAAACGCAAAUAUGGCAAAUGUGGGAAACACGCAAAUAUGGGAAAAACGCAAAUAUGGGAAAAACGCAAAUAUGGGAAAAACGCAAAUAUGGGAAAAACGCAUAUAUGGGGAAACGCAUAUAUGGGAAAAACGCAUAUAUGGGAAAAACGCAUAUGUGGGAAAAACGCAUAUGUGGGAAAAACGCAUAUAUGGGAAAAACGUAAAUAUGGGAAAAACGCAAAUAUGGGAAAAACGCAAAUAUGGGAAAAAGCAUCAAGGGUUCACUAAAUAUGCUUCAAAAGCAAAUAUGGGAAAAACGCAUAUAUGGGAACAACGCAUAUAUGGGAAAAACGCAUAUAUGGGAAAAACGCAUAUAUGGGAAAAACGCAUAUAUGGGAAAAACGCAUAUAUGGGAAAAACGCAUAUAUGGGAUAAACGCAAAUAUGGGAUAAACGAAAAUAUGGGAUAA